UGUCAGUUGGGACUUCGAGUUCGAGGAGGAGGAGAGAAGUCCUACGUGGCAGACCGUACCGCUUAUUUUGCUUGCUUCCGGUGGUGGGAGAGGUAGAGAGUUUCUGAUUCUUCAUUUUCCCUCUCUUGCGCUCUUCUUGUGGAGCUUCUUUAAUGGCGGAAAUCCCUAUUACUUGAUUUGCAUUUAAGCCAUCACCUCGGCCGUUGCAUCUGCUUAGUUAUUCGAUCGAUCAUUCUCUGAUCUUUAACGGUACGAAGAAGGUGGAACAAAGAUGUUGGAUGGAUUGCUAGGCCGAGGUUUCACCUCCAAAUGUAAAUCAAUAAUCAAGCUUACCAAAGCUCGAAUUGAUUUGAUCCGGAGGAAGCGGAAUUCAAUGCAGAAGUUUCUAAAGAAAGAUAUUGCGGAUUUGCUUGCGAACGACCUCGACAGUAAUGCUUAUGGCAGGGCUGAAGGACUUCUUGUUGAGAUGAGCCUUUCGUCCUGUUAUGAUUUAGUGGAGCAAUUUUGUGAUUGUCUUUUGAAGCAGAUCUCAGUCAUGCAAAAGCAAAGGGAAUGCCCUGAGGAGUGCAGGGAAGCUGUGCCGUCUCUAAUUUUUGCUGCUGCAUGGUUUGCUGAUUUGCCAGAACUACGUGAUCUCAGGCAAUUAUUUGCUGAAAAAUAUGAUAAUUCCUUGGAGCCUUUUCUGAAUCAAGAGUUUGCUGAGAAGCUGGCAGCAAAGCAUCCUAAUAGGGAAAAGAAACUUCAGCUGAUGCGAGACAUUGCAAAAGAAUUUUCAAUAAAGUGGGACUCCAAGGCUUUUGAAGGAAAGUUGUCUAACCACCCUGCAUCUGUACAGGAAAUCACUAACGAUAGGCACAAGCCACAUGCCAACAGGGAGGAUGGUCUAUUGAGAAGAAAUCACCAGGAUUUUUCAUCUUGUGAAAGUCGGGAAAUCAGUGAUGCUGGGUAUGAACCGAAAAGAGACAAUCUUGAUGGUUUGUCUCAUGGAAGAUCGGAGCACAUAAAUGAUGUCUAUUGUAAUGGUGGGGAGGAUACCAUCUCCAAAAAUUACAAUGGAAACAUUUCUUCUCAUGCCAGAGUAGAAGCAAUCGAGGAAAAAACAGAAAUCCUGAAGCCGUUCUGCAAUAAUGUUGUUCCUCCUCCCUACAUCAAACCAAGGGCCAGCAAGUAUGGAACCAAUUCAAAGACGCAGGGGAACAGUUCUGGCAAUAAUGAAAACUCUUGUGAUCCUCCAUUCAGCAACAGAGAUGUAAUAAGAAACAGGUCAGAGAGGAUGGAGAAAAGAUUAGAUGAUGUUGACUCUGGGGGCCAGUUGGUUGGACCUGCAAGGGUGAAUGGUCAUGGAGACGAGAAAGAUCAUCGGGAUGAUCAGGUUGGUGAUGCAAUGCCAAAGCCAAAAUCAGUUAGGAGACGCUUGAAACCACCACCAGGUCAUUACAGCAUUGGCAAUUCUCAACAGGAGGAAAAGAGAAAUCUGGACAUUAGAAAAGAGGUUGGAAAGCGAGGCCCUCAAACCACCUUUGAUAAUGACUAUGAUUCAAAGGUUGAAGAGGAUGAGAUGAUGGAUGAACUAUUAAUAUACUACAGUAAGAAGUCAUCAACCAACGAACCUAGCAAGAUGAGGGGAUUGAAAGCUCCUCCAACAAAUGACACUGCAUCUAGUACCAGCCGAUCCUCAGCUCACAGAAGCAGAGAUGAGGCACACUUAAACACAGGGUUGAGUAGUCCUCUUGCUCGAGCAGCUUCACUCCCACCGGAUCCACCAACCCCAACUGAGGGGCGAACAGGCCCAGCUCGUGCCAGUUCCUUUCAGCCCGAUGGACAAGCUGGGCAUGUCCAUCCAAAGCUGCCAGAAUAUGAUGAUUUGGCAGCUCGGAUAGCAGCCCUUACGACGUAAAGGGUAAUUGCAAGUGAAACUCAGAAUCUGUACCAUCAUUCCACUAUACUUCAGUUCCAUUGUAUUCUAGCCCCAAUUGUUUUUUAUUUAAGUCACCUGUUUAUUCUCAUUGCAUUCUACAUCUUCGGUAGAUACAACAUUAAUUUGCAACGACACAUAACCACUGCUCCAAAUGAUGAGUCUCAUUUUCACAUGUUAA